AUGGUGGUGGAGGAGGUGGAGGUGAUGGUAGACGUGGAGGUGAUAGUGAAGGUGGAGGUGAUGGUGGAGGUGGAGGUGAUGGUGGAGUGGAGGCGAUUGUGGAGGUGGAGGAGUGAUGGUGGUAGUGGAGGUAGAGGUGAUGGUGGUGGAGGAGGUGGAGGGGAUGGUGGAUGUGAAAGUGAUAGUAUAGGUGGAGGUGAUGGUAGAAUUGGAGGUGAUGGCAGAGGUGGAGGUGAGGGUGGAGGUAAUGGUGCUGGAGGUGGAGGUGAUGGUGGAAGUGGAAGCAAUGGUGGAGGUGAAGGUGGUGGAGAUGGAGGUGAUGGCAGUGGAGGUGGAAGUGAUCAUGGGGGUGGUGGGGGUGGAGGUGAUGGUGGAGGUGGAGGUGAUGGUGACGAAGGUGAUGGUGGAGGUAACGGAGGUGGAGGUGAUGGUGGUGGAAGAGGUGGUGGAUGUGGAGGUGAUGGUGGUGGAGGAGAUGGAGGUAAUGGUGGUAGAAGUGGAAGUAAUGGUGCUGGAGGUGGAGGCGAUGAUGGAGGUGGAGGUGAUGGUGGCGAAGGUGAUGGUGGUGGUGGAGGUAACAGAGGUGGAGGUGAUAGUGGUGGAAGAGGUUGUGGAUGUGGAGAUGAUGGUGGUAGAGGAGGUGGAGGUGAUGGUAGAGGUGGAGGUAAUGGUGGUGGAAGUGAAGGCAAUGGUGCUGGGGGUGAAGGCAAUAGUGGAAGUGGAGGCGAUGGUGGAGGUGGAGAAGGUAGUGAUGGUGGUAGUGAAGGUGGAGGUGAUAGUGAUGGAGAAGGUGGUGGAGGUGAUAGUGGUGGAGGAGGUGGAGGUAAUGUUGGAUGUGAAGGUGAUGGCAGAAUUGGAGGUGAUGGCAGAGGUGGAAGUGAUGGUGGAGGCAAUGGUGGUGGAGGUGGGGGAGGCAGUGAUGGUGAUGGUGGAUGUGAGGGUGAUGGUAGAGGUGAAGGUGAUGGUGGAUGUGGAGGAAAUGGUGCUGGAGGUGGAGGCAGUGGUGGAGGUAGAGGAGGUAGUGAUGGUGAUGGAGGUGAUGAUGGAUGUGAGGGUGAUGGUAGAGGUGGAGGUGAUGGUGGAUGUGGAGGAAAUGGUGCUGGAGGUGGAGGUGAUGGUGGAAGUGGAGGCGAUGGUGGAGGUGCAGGAGAUAGUGAUGGUGGUAAUGGAGGUGGAGGUGAUAGUGAUGGAGGAGGUGGUGGAGAUGAUGGUGGAGGAGGUGGAGGUGAUGGUGGAUGGCUAGGUGAUGGUAUAGGUGGAGGUGAUGGUAGAAUUGGGGGUGAUGGCAGAGGUGAAGAUGAUGAUGGUGGACGUAAUGGUGGUGGACGUGGACGCAAUGGUGGAGGGGGGGAGUUAGUGAUGGAGGUGGUGGAGGUGAUGUGGGAUGUGAGGGUGACGGCAGAGGUGGAGGUGAUGGUGGGUGUGGAGGUGGAGGUGACGGUGGAGGAAAUGGUGAUGGAGGUGGAGGUGAUGGUGGAGGUAGAGGAACUGGUGAUGGUGAUGGUAGAGGUGAUAGAGGUGGAGGUGAUGGUGGAUGUGAGGGUGAUGGUAGAGGUGGAGGUGAUGGUGGAUGUGGUGGUGGAGGAGAUGGAGGUAAUGGUGGUAGAGGUGGAGGUAAUGGUGAUGGAGGUGGAGGUAGAGGAGGUAGUGAUGGUGAUGGGGGUGGAG